AUGGCGGGCAAGAGGAAUGUGAAGACCGGUAUGGAGGGCUGGAAAGCCGAGGCCGACCACGAACAAGAGCGCGUUCGCAUACAGCCCAGGGAAGCCAAGAAGAGCAAAGGAGGCGAGGAGCUGAGGGGUCACCGGAGGCCUCACCCCCUCUGCAGUGCAACAACGAUAUAUAACAAAAAGGUGUUACCAAAAUUCUGCACGCAGCAGAGUAUCCUGCUGGUGGAUCGGACGGAGCAGUACGGCGCCUGGGUACCCCUCGCGGAGGAAGGCGGCGGGGGCGAGGACGGCGACGGCGACGGCGAGGAGGUCGCGGUAGACGCAGAAGACGACCUGAUUCACGCCCGCGUUCAGGAUGGACUUGGUGAGGACGACGUGGUAGCCCUGUUGUCCGCCCACGGCAGCCGCGGCCCGCUUCCGCUCGCGCACCAGCUCCACAACGACGACGACCAGCGCCGGAGCACCGUCGCCGCCUUCGGCUCUUCAUCCCCCUGCUCAUCACCUCUCAUUCCCACCUCCGGCCGGCCGGCCAGUUCCUGCUUCAGCUCUGCCACUGAUGGCUGUGCCUGCGUCUGCGUGGCAGGUUCCUCCGAAUCCAAUGGAAUAUCUCUCGUCCCGUCCCGGCCUUCCGGGGUCAUUUUUGGAGCCUACGUCUACGUCAGAAACCCACGCAACGCGAACACGACACCAUGCAGCUCCAAAGCGCUUCAUCUGAUAAUUGAGAAGACGCUUCAUCUAUUUUUUAUAAAAAAAAUGCAGCUCCAGAGCAAAGCAUAUUCCAGUGUGCAUGAUGGUAGGAGUGGUUGGUUAUGGGCUUAUGGCCAGGGUGUUUUUUUUCCCUCAAAAGUGUUCGGUAACUUGUCUUGCGCCGCUUAG